AUGAGUUGUGAUGUGUGCCAAAAAUAUUGGGAAAAGUUCCUGGAUACGACUGGGAUAAACGAUUCCGUAUUAUGGAUUAUUGGAACUAAUGCUUUCGCGAUUUUGGUGGUGACGGUGGUGGGUAGUUUGUUUUUGUUCAUGGAUAUUACAGGCUAUCCGAAAGCGAUGCGAAAGUUCAAAAUACAGCCUGGAACUAAUGAGCCAUUGACGUGGUUACAGUUGAAAAAGUUAUUAAAGGCAGCAAUUCCUAACAUGACAAUAGUAACAGUGCCCACCUUAACGGCGUUUCACUUGAUUUCACUGAAAACUAACCGUUUGCCUGAGAUGCGCAUGCUUCCGAGUGUCGGAAGCAUCCUGUACUCGUUGGUGGUGUGUAUAAUAGCCACCGAGUUUGCCUUCUACUAUAGCCAUCGACUCCUGCACUGCAAAUACUUGUACCAGAUUAUCCACAAGAAGCACCAUGAGUGGACAUCUCCUGUGGCUAUAGCCGCCGUGUACGCUCAUCCUGUGGAGCAUGUGAUUAGCAACAUGGCACCGCUUUAUCUUGGACUUUGGCUCUCCAAAGCUCAUCUGAUAACUGCUUGGAUUUGGGUCGCCCUGUCGCUGGUAGGAACGUUGCACGAUCAUUCUGGAUAUCAUAUUCCGUUCAUGGGAAGCCCUGAGGCACACGAUUUUCAUCAUCAGAAAUUCAACCAGUGCUAUGGCGUAGUUGGAUUGCUAGAUUGGCUGCAUGGAACAGAUACAGCGUUUCGUCGAUCAAGAUCCUUCAAGCGACACCGACACCUUUACGGUACCAGUUCUGCUCGGGAACUAUACCCCGAUGUUGAUAAGUAA